AUUACAGGUUUCCACCUCAAGGAUGUGGCGCAGCCCGCGUGCACCCCUCUGCUCCUCCUUGUGUAGUAUACAGCGGGACACUCCGCAGUUCGCUUAUCCCGUUCCUUCCCGUUGCCUUUUACGCGCACGACGUCUGCAGCACACAGUGAUUCACAGAGCCAGCCUCAGUCUCUACGAGCUUUUGGAUGAAGGCAGGACUCUUUCCACAGUGUUCCGAUGGCGAACCAGCGCCGGUUCUGUUGCACUGAUCGCUUCUAGAGGAAGGCAUACACGCUUUUUACCUUUCUUCUCCUCUUCUUCGACUCAAUUUACACAAAAUGUGGGACGCGCGUUCUCUGCGCGGAGUCCGCGGAGUGCUCUCCUCAGUCGUGGCCGCUUGACUAAAGGGGGAUCCCGGCUCCCUUUUCAUCUUCUACUCCCUUAGGAACAAGAGGAGUUUGCAUGCAAAAGGUGGUUUAUCCCGGCAAGCCAUGGAGGGACUUGCCUAAAGAAGAUCCAACAUAAUUAAAACAUUUUCGACUUUAUUUUUCUAUUUACCCCUUUUUUUUUUGUGUCAUCGUAACAUCUUCCCCAAAAAGUCUCUACUUCCACCAUGGCUGAGAAGCUUGGACCAGCAGGGCUCAAGCCCACCAACAUCCGAACCGCUCCCUCCCUGCCCCCCGAGCCCAUCGACAUCAUCCGCACCAAAGCCCGCUCCCGUAGAGUCCGCCUUAACGUCGGGGGCCUGAAUCACGAAGUCCUGUGGCGGACCCUGGACAGGCUACCCAGAACCCGACUGGGCAAGCUUCGAGACUGCAACACCCACGAGUCCCUGAUGGAAGUCUGCGAUGACUACAGCCUGAACGAAAACGAGUACUUCUUCGACCGGCACCCGGGGGCCUUCACCUCCAUUCUGAACUUUUACCGCACAGGCAAAUUACACAUGAUGGAGGAGAUGUGCGCCCUUUCGUUCGGCCAGGAGUUAGACUACUGGGGGAUUGACGAAAUCUACCUGGAGUCUUGCUGCCAGGCCCGCUACCACCAGAAAAAGGAGCAGAUGAAUGAGGAGCUGCGGAGGGAGGCAGAGACAAUGAGGGAGAGGGAGGGAGAGGGAGAGUUUGAUAACACCUGCUGCCCAGACAAGAGAAAGAAGCUGUGGGAUCUCCUGGAGAAGCCCAGCUCCUCGGUGGCUGCCAAGAUUCUAGCCAUCAUCUCGAUCCUGUUCAUCGUCCUCUCCACCAUCGCUCUGUCUCUCAACACCUUACCAGAGCUUCAGGUCACAGACGAGUUUGGCAACGCCAACGACAACCCCCAGCUGGCCCACGUGGAGGCUGUAUGCAUAGCCUGGUUCACCAUGGAGUACCUCCUUCGCUUCCUCUCCUCUCCCAAUAAGUGGAAGUUCUUCAAAGGCCCGCUGAAUGUCAUUGACUUGUUAGCCAUCCUGCCCUACUAUGUCACUAUCUUCCUAACUGAGUCCAACAGGAGCGUGCUGCAGUUCCAAAACGUGCGCCGCGUGGUGCAGAUCUUCAGGAUCAUGAGAAUAUUGAGGAUCCUGAAGUUGGCCAGGCACUCCACAGGGCUCCAGUCUCUAGGGUUUACCUUGAGAAGGAGCUACAAUGAACUGGGGCUGCUCAUUUUAUUUCUUGCCAUGGGCAUUAUGAUAUUUUCCAGCUUGGUUUUCUUUGCUGAGAAAGAUGAGGAUGCCACCAAAUUCACCAGUAUCCCUGCCUCCUUCUGGUGGGCAACCAUUACAAUGACUACUGUGGGUUACGGUGACAUUUACCCACAGACUUUACUUGGAAAAAUUGUGGGUGGGCUCUGCUGCAUUGCAGGAGUGCUGGUAAUUGCCCUGCCCAUCCCCAUUAUUGUCAACAACUUCUCCGAGUUCUACAAGGAGCAGAAGAGGCAGGAGAAGGCCAUCAAGAGGAGGGAGGCGCUGGAGAGAGCCAAGAGGAACGGCAGCAUUGUGUCAAUGAACCUAAAAGAUGCCUUCGCCCGCAGUAUGGAACUGAUGGAUGUGGUGGUGGAGAAAGGAGACAACAAAACUACUCUGGACAACCACCUGUUGCCUAACCGCUGGGGCAGCUCCACCAGGCACGCCUCCUCCGAGACAAACCUGAAAUCUCCAGAUAAAAGAAACCUCGAGCCGCAGAGCUCCCCUCACCGCAUAACCAUCACCACCACUGGAAGUCCCCAGCGGACACACAGGACCCCGCAGCACCUUAACGUGCAGAAACUGGAGGAGAUGUACAACCAGAUGACCAAGUCACAGUCCUUCACUAACCUCAACACUACAAGCUCCAUGAGCACUCUGAGCACAACCAUGACCGCCCCCGUCUCACCGAAGAAAAGCCACAGCCCUGACUUUACAUUAAAAGAGGAAGUCGAGCUGGAGAUGAAGGAGGUCCAACCCUCCUCGCCAGAUAACUUUGCGAGCUGCUCAGCAGACUUUAGAGAGCAAGGCUCCAGCUCAGAUAAAAAAGAAGAAGAAGGUCCCUGUCAAUUCAGACACCCCAAAGCACCACCUGCUCUGGAUCUUAGCCAGCUGAGGGCCAGUGAUGACAACUCUCCACACAUCACACUCAAAGAUGGCCUCUAUGAAUCCGUCAACCCAGGUGAUGGAUCAGAGCUCCACAUAGAGGAAGGGGAGAGCUUUAACAGUGCCGUGGAUAACAUCCAGAGCUCUCCAAGAGGGAAUAACCCUCUUAAUAUAAAGGGGUUGCAGGUCAACUUCACCAAGACCUCAGCUGAAGGCCCGCUAACACCGCCCAGCACUACCUCUCCUGGAGACAUCAGCUCCAGCAUCCUGGAAGACGAGUCUCCGGAUGGAGAGACGUCACCGCUCAUCCCCAGCACAGAGAAGCUGCUCCCAGUCACAGAGGAGGAGACCUGCCCGCUGUCCCCAAAGCGGCUGGUGGUAGACACUCCACCUGGUGAUGAAGAUCAAGCCACAGAGAACCACGAGGAGAAGCAUCUGAUGGAAGUGGCGGGCGCCGCAGUUGCGCCCUUGUCACCCAAGACAGCAGCACAAAAUUGCACCCAAGGUGUGGUCGGGGCAGGCGAGGAAGUCAAGGCUGACAGCAACCAAAGUGGACACAAAGUAGAGAACCACAUGUUUACAACAGAUAUCCACCUGAUACCCGGGGACGGCAGCCUCUCUCCGACCUGUGAAACCAGCAUGUGACUGUAAGAGAAGCUCUGAGGGACAAUAAACCCACUGCAACCUCAGUCUGGCGCGUGGGAGAGCGGGGAAGAAAAGACAAAAGAUAUUUUUGCAUGGCAUGACAAGUCCCUUUUACUUGUGUUGUUGUGUAUCGCUGAAAAAGAAACUGCAGUGCUCCAUUGCAGAUGUGAGAAUGACUCUGGGGCAAACAGUGGGCUCGAAGAGGAGGCUCUUGAAACGCAGAGGGAAUUCAUCAACUUAUGUAGACACUUUGGUCCUCCCAAUGUACAUAGUGACAGUCUCCUUUUUCUAGCAAAAGAAGGAAAUGCACAGAGGGACUAAUCUGUAAAAAGCAUGCAUUCAAAAAAGACAGAUAUUUUACGGUGCUUAGUUUGCUGAAAGCGCUCCACUGUAAAUACUAGGACAUCUAAGGCAAUGACAAUGCACAGGAUGGCAUCGGAAAACUGUCACUGAAGGUACAAAUAUUUGCAAUGUGAAAAGGGAGGGGUGGGGGAGGGGGUUGAACUGAGAGCCCUCAGACUGGGUGUUGCAUCGUAGCGACCUAUAAAAAAAACAUAUCAUUACCUUUUGUGGAAAUGCAAAGUGUUCCCAUGACGACCCUGUAAUGUUUUCUCGUGUGACAAAUGGUGUACGAAACUGUAACGUUGACAUUGUUGCUUUUGGUUUUCAUAACGACUGUUGAACUUUUUCAGUUGAGCAUCCGAUAUUCAGUCUAUGAAUUAAAGCAGUGGGCAAGAAGGACAAAAAACACCUUGAUCCCCCCUUAAAGCGCAUACACCUGUAGUUGCCAAAUACGUAUGUAACCAGUAAGGACAGGAACUAUCAGAUACUACCGCUACUGAAGAUAUUUAUCAUGUGGCGUCAGAGGUUUUAAAGUUUAAGAUCUUCUGAUUCCAUCCAAAUCACUGAAAUUAAUCUUAUUUACUCUCCGACAUCAGAUAUAUACAUCUAAAAGUAGUUUUAAGAAUAAAAUAUGAAAUAAGUAGGUUUAGAUUGGUUGUAGGAUAAAUUCUACAGUAGGUAAGUGAGACUCCAUAAAACAGAGUUAAGACUAUUUAUUUAUUCAGCACAGUAGAUCUGGUCAUUAAUACACAUGUAAGCUUUACAGUAUCUAUUUCGGCAAUUCAAAAAGGGAUAGAUAACCACAAAAAAAAUACAAUAUUCCUUCUGAUAUCAAUGGACCAAAUCAAGCACACUGACAGGCUUUCAUCUAUCUCAGCUGCAUAGUAACAUAUACAGUAAUGACAUGUAUUAUGACAGUAGUUAUGUUUUUGUUUUCCUUAUGCUUUGUUUACCUGCAUUGUGUUCAUCGUCCUGUCCUCGGCGCCCUGAUGUCGUUGACAUUUUGUUCCAUACUACUGCGAGUUUAUCCCAUCCUGCUGACAAGUUAAAGGCAUCUUUUAUUUUUUGUACAUCCGUAGUGUCUUGGACUGUAAUUUAUUGUGUUUUAAUUGUGAACAAAAUUUUCAGUCGAACUUAAACCCAAAGGAGUUCUUUCUUUUUCUCUCGUCUUCUUUCUCGCUUUUGUUUUACACUGACUGAAAAUAUCUGUUGUAUGUUGCCUUUGAUUCCAAUUUUACUGCUGGAAUAUUUUGUUUCAUUGUUUCAGCAUGACACUUGGACGAGUGUGCUACAGUAGUGGUGCGUUUGUGGAAGCCACACAAACCAGAACGGUACUGACAGGAAGUACGUGGGUGAAUUCUUUGUUUGUUUUGUUUUGUUUAAUUGGUUAUUUCUUUUCUUAUUAUCAUGUUUUUUGUUCUCACAGAGAGGUGUGGAAUGUGCAAUACCGCAUACUGCAAUCUAUGCAGGCCAAGAAUUGUGGCACUUUAUUUUCUGUCUAUGGGAUUUGUAAGUGUACAGGCAGAAAUUACUUGUAUUUUUCAAAUGUUAUAUCUUUAAUAUGAGGCAAAACAGUAUUACAACUACCAGAAUCUCACAAACAAUGCAAAUGGGAAUUUGACUUUUACUUUUUCGUAUUACGUGGCUGGCGUUGCGCUGUCUCGCGCUUAACGCCACUUAUCAAUGGACCUCAAAUUUGAUUAUCUGUGGGAAAAGGGAUCCAAAUUGACCACUUUGGGCCUUUUAUAUCGCUGUUGGAUUUACAUGAUAAUCUAACAAAUGUCUGUGGAAAAUAUUAAGAUAAUCUAAUUUCAAUGGCCACACACAAAGUAUUUUAUGUUUUUUGUGAAUUAACGUUGAGAAUGAUUCUAUUUUUUCUAAACCAAAAUGGAGCACGACCACAAUUUCCUGCCAUAUGGUGGUUGAAAUGAUGCGUGCCUUUUCAUAACACCGCUGUUUAUGAGAAGGUAGCAAGUCAUUUUGCUUUGUUCAUAUAGCACUGUACAGAAAAUUCUAAUUUUAUAGGAGAAAUCAGGUCUUUAUGUAAUAGAUACAAGUAAUGUUAUUGAGUUCUCAGGUUUUCUAUAACUCUCUGAUGUUCCGAUUGGAUAGAUUCUCUGUUUUUUCUUUAACAGCUAAUGUCAACUAGUUCCUUCUGUACUUUUUGAAAAGGUGAUGUUGUCAAAUCCACAUUGAUGUCUUGGCUCCUGGAGUAAGGAGCGGCAAUAUUUCUCCCUCCUCCUGGGUAAUCUGUGUACCACCAUUCAGUAUCCACCCCCAUCAGUCUUCAGUGAGGCAGGCAGGAGCACAAACGCAGGGACAGAAGUUUGACUUGCAGGCAAUGAGAGAUCCCUACUGUCACUGAGCUGAUACAUCUGAUUAUUUCCCAUGCUGACACCACCAAGUGCUCCAAUCCCUACAGCUUCAGAGGCUCUAACCCCAUGGCAUGCCCUCAGGCACGGUGAUCAAUGGGUGAAAGGAAGGCCAGGAUUAGGGAAAGCUUUGAGAGUUAAGAGGAGAGGUGAAAUGGAGUCCUCCCAAAUGGUUCCAUCACAUCAGUGAUCCGUUGUGGUCCAUAUUUCCGUUUGUCUGUGUACACACCGUACGCCCAGACCGACAUCAUUUAACUCAGCAAUCAGAGAUUCACGUGCGAGCUCGUGGAGUUAUUGUCGAAAUGACUGAUCCCUCAUUGGAAACAGAUUGGUACUCUCCAGAGUAGGCCAGCGGUUGUUGUUGUUGUUGUUGUUUGGGGUUUUUCUUUACAAAGGAAGGUUCAAUGAUAACCUUCUUUUUAAAGCUUUUUUUAUUUCUGUACCUGUACGUUCAACUUUACUGUCAUCCCUUGUUUGUAGUGAUCAUGUCUCCGUGUUAGCCUCAUGUAAUCCUUCGUUUUGACAGGUAGGGUAGAGAAACAAGGGAUCUGGAUUGAUCAGCUAUAUUCCCGCGGGAUGAUGUUUGUGUGGAUACUGAAAUUAAUUCUGUGAGCUGACAGCGAGAGGACCGUGCUCUGUCUUACUGUCUCAUGAUGGCAUUAUCAUGUGUGAUACCGUACAGAGUGGAAAGGUUGUGUCUUUAUUUUCUCUGAGAGAAUGGGUACUGUCCGUGUCACUCAUGCGUGCUUACCGAACCUUGCUCCCCUAAAAUGCGACAUUGUUUUCUUUUUAUGUCUCUGUGUAUUCUGCCUCUUACAGAUUUUGAUUUAUUUUUUUCUCUUUGUUCAGCUUUGGAGCACAUUCUGAGCUACAGACUGUUUUCUGUACAAAGCGACAUCUUUGUAUGCAUGUAGUAGUCCGAACAAUUAUGUGACCACAGAACACUUUGUUAUGGUACAUGUAUGUCAACAUUUCUGUAGAGCAUUGUUCCCCAUUACGUCUAUUAGCAUAUGCAGAAUAACAAAUAAAUGUGUAUAUAACUCA